AUGCACAUUAUUUAAUAAAAUUUAAAAAUAAUAAGUUCGAUACCUGCGUCUUGGCUUUUAUCUGUUAGUUUUUCCACUUAAUUGUUCUCACUCUGAGCCUAUUGCUGUUAUUAUCAAAAUUGAAACAAAACAUUAAUGUGUCAUAACUAAUAUUCUAUUUCAGUAUGUAAUACUUAUGUUUUCACAUUACAUACAAAAUUGAAUUUAUAUCAAAAAAGCUAUUCUGCAUAUAUAUUUUUAUAAGAUCAUAAUUUAUUAAUUUUUUUUACAGAAUUGAUGAUAUCCAAGAUAAUUCCAUUUUGCGAAGAGGUAGUCCUGUCGCUCAUUCUGUUUAUGGAAUUGCUAGCUCACUAAAUGCUGCAACCUAUUUAGUAUUAAUCGCAUUGGAAAGAAUUGUUAAUUUGCAUCCUGCAGCGACAAAAGUGUAUAUGGAACAGAUGUUAGAAGUUUUUAGAGGUCAAGGAAUAGAAAUUUUUUGGCGGGAUAAUCUCAUUUGUCCAAGUGAGGCGGACUAUAAGACUAUGGCAAUGAAAAAGGCUGGUGGUUUCUUUAAUUUAAUAGUAAAAUUAAUGACAUUAUUCUCAACAUACAAAGAAGAUUUAUCAUCGCUAAGUAUUAUUUUGGGUUUGCACUUUCAAAUACGGGAUGAUUAUGGCAUAUUGUAUAGCGAUAACUAUACCGAAAAUAAGAGUUAUUGCGAUGACUUGAGUGAAGGAAAGUUCAGCUUUCCCAUUGUUCAUGCGCUUACAACGAAUCCUGAUGAUAAGCAAAUAAUAUAUAUUCUGAAACAACUAACCAAAGAAAUCGAAUUGAAACAUCAUUGCGUUAAAUUGUUAGAGAAAUUUGGCUCUUUCGAAUACACGAAAAAUGUACUUGAAGACUUGGACAUGAAAGCGAGAGCUGAGAUAGAACGUUUAGGAGGCAACCCGCUUUUGAUAGAACUUUUAAACGAGCUCAAGAAUUUGGAUUAUUGGAACUAAAGAAGCACCAAAGAUCUUUCAACUGGAACAUUUUAAAGUUGAUUGGCAUCACACAGCCUGCUAAGACAUGUUACAACAAGUUACAACAACAUACGAAUAGUAGUUAUUAUUGCAUAUAUAACUUAUUAAAUAUUUUUAUUGAUUUGGGUAAGUUUAUUCUAUGUAACUGUAAAAUAACAAUUUAUGAUAUACAACGUUUCGACACGAUAAACUACCAUAUAUUCAAAUAUAUCGACAUUUAACCAACAUGAAAUCAAUUUUGAUUUAGCAGAAUGUUCUGAUUAAAAGUUUGAUUAAAAAAUUAAAAAUCGAAUUUUGUUAAAGGACUGUGGUGUCUUGCAUUAUUGUAUAAAAAGGGAAAAAAUUAAAACAUUAUCGGAUAAAAUUCAUAAAAUAUUUAAAAAAAAAUAAGAAUUACAAAAAAGAGUUUGUAUUAUUAUGUCGUGAAUUACCUUACAAUUUAAUAAAAUUUUAUUAAUAAUUUAAAAUGUUAUUUUUUUUUUAACAAUUGAGUGCACUCUUAUAAAGUAGAGAUUAAUUUUUUGUUUCGGAAAAAUAAGAUCUAAUAGGAAUCUCCAAUAGGAAAAAUGUAGUAUAAAUAAGAAAAAUAUGUCAUGUCAUGUAAAAUGCCACCGCUCCAUAAUUUUUAAGUUUUUUGAUAAAGAAUUAGUACCUACGAUUCUGUAUUGUAUUGUCACUUGGACUAAACUGCAAUCAGAGUAUAUUAGUGAUAUUCUUUCUCGAAAUACUUUAAAAUUAUGGAGCGGUGGCAUCUUAUCCAACAACUGGAUGAGAUAUCACAUUCAUAAAUUUUUUUGUUGUUCUUGUUAAUAUAAUUUAUAUAAAAGAGAGGAUUAUAAACUCUUCUUUAAUUAUAACCAAAUAUAAAUAUAAUGACAAUAAUAUCAAUUUGUGUUUUAUGUUCUUUAAUUAAUAAUUACAAAGAUAUUUCCUUUGAAAAUUAGAUAUAGUGUAUUCCCCCGAGUUACUCUUUACGUUUUAGAUUAGAGAAACGUAGCCUACAUCUGCACUAAAAUUAUUGUUUCUCAAGCCAAGUAGUUAUUUUUAUACUCUCAAUCAACAUAACACGAUAAUAUAUUCUUUCCGAUCAAUGCAAAAUAUCAUGACAAUUUUCGUUUCAGUCUUUAUGUAUUGUUGUAAAUAUAAUCUAAUUGCGCAUACAUUUAUACAUGUAUAUCACAGAUGAAUAAUUCAUCAUGUCGUGUCUCUUGUAUAUCAUCACAAUCUUAUAAAAAUAAAUUCAUGUUAUAAA